CACAUCUGCCAGGUGGCUAACAUCUGCUAAUUUGGCAUUGUUAAUUGUUUUUAAAAAAUAUAUAAUGAUUACGUGGAAAUGUUUAUAAUUAGGGUUGGAUUAGAGAAGGAUUUAGGGGUAAUUUUUGGUGUGUGAUUAAGUUAACCAUCCUGUUACAGUGAUGGAUGAUUAUUAUUCCCAAGUUUAAAAGCCAUGGUUAGGGUUUGUGGUCAUUUGCUCCAGAGUUUUGGACAGUCAAAAGGUUAGGGUUUAGAGUUUUGAAUGGCUUCUUCACAAAGUGGUUGUUCUUGUUCGAAGACAACGGGCAAAGGAGCUUCGCAUUCAUCACAGGGUGCUGUUUCGAGGGGUGGUGGGAUAACCCCUAUUUGCUACUGUGGUGAUUUUGCUGUACUGAAAGUUACGAAAACUGCAAGGAAUGCUGGGAGGCAAUUUUGGGCAUGUCGUCAUUAUAAGGGUGCAUUUACAAGUGGAAUGUCAUGUAACUUUUUCAAGUGGUUUGGUGAAGAGAACGAUGAUGAUAGAGAUGGUACAAAUGUGAGGCAAAGCAACAAGAGGACCACUGAUAUGGAAAGUGCUGUGAAAGAGUUGCAGAGAAAGAUGAAGUUAGUAGUUGGAGUUGGGGUUGUUGUUAUUGUGCUUAACAUCAUCAUAUUGGGGCUGUUUUUAGGUUGAUGUUAGGUGACCAAUGUCUAAUUUAUGUUGUGUUCAUGUAUUUUGAGUUCAUGUUGUAAUGUUUUGAGUGCCCUUAGGUUGAUGUUACGUGGGCAAUCUUGAAUCAAUGUGGUGUUUGUGUAUUAUGAGCUGGUAUUGUAAUAUAACUUGAACCAUCUGGGUUAGUUGAAUGAAAUUCGUAAUAGUCCUCAGUUUCGUUUUAAGUUGUGAUUUUUGGUCCUUACUUUUGUUUAAAAUUGUUCAUUUUGGUCCCCCUUUUAGUUAAAAAUUGUGCAUAAUGGUCCCUUAAAUUAAACAUAAUUCCACUGCAUGGUAAGGAAACCUAAACAUAAAAGAACAUUCAAACAGCAGUUUCAGACUUAAUAUUCAGUACAUCCAGUCAAAAAAAAGAUACUGCCAUACACAAUAUCACCAAAUUCAUACAUAACAUGUCCAAAUUCAGAUAUGAAAGAUAAAAUGUCUAACUUCAAAUAACAUACAUAACAACUUAGCUACUGUCCUACACACUCUCAAUAAAGAAAGAGAGUUCAAUCUAUGCAACGUUUCUUCUAAUUGUUAACUUUUUCCUUUUACUAAGGUCCCACCGUGGUGGACCACGACCUUAAACCUCUCCUCACCCAUCCCAAACCCUAUCCUGCAAAUGAAAAGGGGGACCACUUUCAUAAAUUAAGACCCAUGGGACCAAAUUAACAAUAAACAGGGACCACUUUCAACACCCAACAGGGAACCAAUUUGAACACCCAACAGGGGACCUCAUUCAACAACGAAAACGACAAAAAUGAAAUCGUAUUUUAACCAUGAACAGGACAAACACAAUCAUAUUUUAAGCAUCAAUAACACAAACAUAAUCAUAUUUUAACUUUCAAUAACACAAACAUAAUCAUAUUUUAAUCAUCCACACCAGAAACACUUAAUAUUGAAAUGAGUAAGUAACAAAACUAACCUCAACGAUGACGAACGACACACGAACCUUGACGAAUCACGAAACCUUCACGAAACCACCUCCUACAGCGCUGAUGGACGAAGACGAUGGACGAAGACGAAGACGAAACCACCUCUUCAAUUUCUCAUUUUCCCAAUCACAUUCGAAAUUUUUACCCCAAACUAAUUUAACCCUAAUUCGAAUUUUUAACCCUAAUUCCAAUUUCUAAUGUAACCCUUAUUGUAAUUUCUAAUUUAAACCUAUUUCCAAUAUUCCACGUCACAAUUUAUUUUAUUUUUUAAACCAAUAGCAAAGCAGAACGUUACACGU